GCCGGUGGUUGUCGAGUUACCAAACAAAGCCCGACAUUGGAAAUGAAGGGAGGUGGAGAGGCAGAGGAUGACGGACACACCGUUGCCGAAGGUGAGGGAUCAUCCAAUGAUGAACAGGAAUCAUUAUUGAACUUACAGACUGGGAGAGGCGGUGCACUCUCGUCAUCACUGUUAUCGUUAUCGUUAUCGCCACAGCCGUCGGUGCCGUUAUCGUCCCCUAUAUCCUCGUUCUCAUCACCAUCGACAUUGCCAUUGCCCACAGCCGUUUCAGACGACCAUUGCAGCAGCCAUAGGCUGUCUGACAUGUCAUCCUCGGUGGGCAUGUCAGAGAUGAUCUUUCUAGGAACUGGCUGCUCGACUGGUAUCCCAACGCUGUCUUGCGUUUUAGAGAAGAUGGGCGAGGGGUGUGACACAUGUCGCCUUGCACUCUCAUUGCCCCCAGAAGCGAACAAGAACUACCGUUGCACUCCAUCUGCAGUGAUCCGGUUCGCGCAUGAAGAUGGACGGUCCAGAUUCAUUCUCAUCGACGCAGGUAAAACGUUUCGAGAGCAGGUCAUCCGAUGGUUCCCCAGGUGCGAUGUGGCGAGGGUGGAUGCAAUUCUUUUGACGCAUCAUCAUGCAGAUGCGGUCCUUGGGCUUGAUGACGUGAGAGACGUACAGUCCCACGAUCCAGUCAGCGGCAGAAUCAUGCCGCUUCCGGUGUAUUUGUCUGCCACGUGUAUGUCCUACGUCGCCAAGCAGUUUCCUUACCUUGCGAUGCAACCUGAUCCGGUCACAGGAAACACACCACGACGAGUGUCGUCACUGGACUGGAGAAUCGUCGAGGAGUCGCCACACGUUGCCUACGACAUUGAGGGAUUAAUGAUCCGUAUGUUGCCAGUGAUGCACGGAGAAGACACGGUGGCACUUGGCUUCUUGAUUGACAAUGGACGACAGAGAAUAGCCUACAUAUCGGAUGUGUCACGAUUGCUAUCAGAAACGGAAUGGCAGCUAACUGCUGCAACAACAGCCGUGGGCAAAAAGGAAGAAGUGGAGAGAGAGGUGCAUCCUCGCAAAGAGAUCGAUUUGCUCAUGCUGGACUGCCUUCUACCGUGGGGCAGGCACCCAACACACAUGUGUCUGCCACAGUGCUUGGUUGUCAUCCGCAAACUUCGUCCUGCCCGAACUUUACUAAUUGGGAUGGGUCAUGAGAUUGAGCAUGAGUCGCUCAAUAAGAAGCUUCUGCGUUUGGCUGAUAGUGAAGGGAUCCACGUGGCACUUGCGUAUGAUGGCUUACGUGUUCCAAUCAUCCUAUGAGGAGUUCCCCAUUAGAGGACAGAAAGACCAAACCACUCAUAAACCAGCUGAAGUCGAUGAGUGAAUGGCUCAAUCAGAAGCUUACACAGUGAGAGAGAGAGAGAGAGAGAGAGAGAGAGAGAGAGAGUAAAUAAGUUUUAUGGUG